GUGCCAGCUGUCCUCGCGCACUCUGCUGGUGCUGUCUGUGCAUCGGAGAUAGAGACAGGGAGGAACCUGGAAAACCUGGAAUAAAAGGAAAAUGGCUGCCAACAUGGGGUCAAUACGUAUCCUCAUCAAGGGAGGGAAGGUAGUGAACGAUGACUUCACCCAGGAAGCUGAUGUCUACAUCGAGAAUGGCAUCAUUCAGCAGGUUGGUAAAGAGCUGAUGAUUCCAGGCGGAGCAAAGGUGAUCGACGCCUCUGGAAAGCUGGUGCUGCCAGGCGGAAUAGACACCAGUGUCCAUCUGCAGGAAACCUUCAUGAAUGCCAACAUCCAGGACGACUUCUACAGUGGGACAAAGGCGGCUCUGAUGGGUGGUACCACCAUGGUGAUGGCUCUGGCCCUGCCUGAACAACACUGCUCCCUGCUGGACGCCUAUGAGAAGUGCCGAGCUCUGGCCGACGCGAAAGUGUGCUGCGACUACGCUCUGCAUGUCGGCGUGACCUGGUGGGGACCAAAGGUGCACAGCGAGAUGGAGACCCUGGUGAGGGAGCACGGGGUGAACUCCUUCCAGAUGUACAUGGCCUACAAAGACAUGAUGAUGCUGAGAGACUCUGAGCUCUACCAGGCGUUGCAGUCCUGUAAAGACAUCGGGGCCAUCGCACGCGUCCACGCUGAGAACGGAGAGCUGGUGGCAGAGGGUGCCAAAGAGGCUCUGGAUCUGGGCAUCAGUGGACCAGAGGGUAUUGAGAUCAGCCGACCAGAGGAGCUGGAGUCUGAGGCCACUCACAGGGCUGUCACCAUUGCCAACAGGGCCCGAUGCCCAAUCUACCUGGUAAAUGUGUCCAGUGCACCUGCUGGAGACAUGAUUGCUGCUGCUAAGAUGCAGGGUAAGGUGGUCCAUGCGGAGACCACAGUAGCUCAUGCAGUGGUGAAUGGGAUGCAGUAUUACCACCAGGACUGGGCUCAUGCUGCCGCCCACGUCAUCAUCCCUCCUCUUCGCCUCGACCCGAACACACCCAGCUACCUCAUGGGCCUGUUGGGCAAUGACACCCUGAGCGUCGUGGCGUCAGAGCACCGUCCCUUCAGUAUCAAGCAGAGAGCUCUGGGGAAAGACGACUUCACCAAGAUCCCUCACGGAGUGGCUGGAGUCCAGGACAGGAUGAGUGUCAUCUGGGAGAGGGGAGUGGUUACAGGAAAGAUGGAUGAGAAUCGCUUUGUGGCAGUGACAAGCUCUAACGCUGCAAAGAUCUACAACCUUUACCCACGCAAGGGGCGUAUCAUCCCCGGUGCCGACGCUGACGUGGUGGUCUGGGACCCAGAUGCAACAAAGACAAUCUCUGUGAGCACUCAGGUGCAGGGCGGAGACUUUAACCUAUACGAGGGGAUGCGCUGUCACGGCGUUCCACUGGUCACCAUCAGCCGAGGGCGUCUGGUGUGUGAGAACGGUGUGUUCAUGUGUGCCGAGGGAUCCGGGAAGUUCUACUCCCAGCGCACGUUCCCCGACUACCUCUACAAGAAGAUGGUGCAGAGAGAAAAGACUCAGGGUUAUAAAGGAGUCGACAGGGAUCCCUACUCUGGUGAUGUGGCCAAGGUGGCAACCAUUAUGAAGAAGGAGCUGGGUCUGGGUCCGGUAGAUGGAGACGCCGCCAACAAGAAUUGUCCUCGGGCUCACCAGGGGGUCCGAGACCUUCAUGAGUCGUCCUUCAGCCUCUCGGGUUCCCAGGUCGACGACCAUAUCCCGAAGAGGUCCUCCGCUCGGAUCCUGGCUCCUCCCGGCGGUCGUUCCAGCGGCAUCUGUGGAUGAACUGUGCUGUGUGGUGAUGACAUCCAACUGCUUUGAACACCAUGUGAUCUUACAGCGCCACUCCCUCAGUAGUGACUUGAUCAUCCGUCGUCUUUGGCUCGUUUCAGACCCGGUUUUAACGUCCGUCUUGAGCGACCCAAUCACAAGUAGACAGCUUUAAAGCGGAACUUUGCAAGACUUAUCGCUUUUACGGAUGCCGCUCCCCCUACAGUUUUGGAGUAUCCUCCUUUAUCCUCACUGUUGUGAAAACUCAUCACUGUCACCAUAUCUGCCUUGAUCUUAUUGCCUAUGUGUAGCAAUUAGUGUGUCUCACAACAUCAGUGACUUUACAAGACCUCCUGAUUCUUGGGGCGCCGCUGAUCUUGCAACACAUCCCCCUAUCUCCUCACAUCAAGACAUAUAACCAUACCACAUUGACUCAGAAGCUAUUAAAUUAGGUGAAAUUCUUGCAUAGUUCUGCUUUAACUACAGCUACUCACACCUGGCAUUAAAAAUAUGUCCUGGAUGAUUCUCCUGUGACUCCAUGUGAUCAAAAUCAUGUUUACAACCGGUCUGACUGUUCAGAUGUGUCUGUAAAAGCAGAUUACUGUUAAAAAAAAGGAGGCAGACUCUAAUCCAUCCUGAGGCCGGAUUGUGUUCAGUCAUGAUCAGGCACAUGGUCACACUCAUCCUCAAACCACCUUGGUGCUCAGGUCACUCAGGACAGAUGUUAACACCUGGUCUGAACCAAGUCCUAACUCUACUGCCUCUGACUGAAAUACAACACAUUUCCCAGCGUCACCUGUAGUGUAGCACAGUCUAUGUAAGUACACAACGUGUCCAGGCUUAAUUUGGAUUAUAACUCCUAGUCCCACCACUGAUCCCACAACGGCUACAUGUGGGCGUUGCUCUUAUGGAAACUUCAUCUUUGUGCUACAACCCUGUGGAAAGGUCUGAGGAAAGGGAGGGAGGGAAAUUACGUUUUUUUCUUACUUUGCUACUGACAGUUUCACAUAGUUUCUGUAAUUAACAUGAGUAAAGGUUAAUGUACCUUCUCAUUUAUCAAUCGAAGCUGCUGCAAACAUGAAUUUAAAUAUUUAAAUGAAACGCACAUUGAAAAAACCUUUGGAUUACACUCUAAAUAUGUCAAGCACAAUAAGAAUUUGAUUUGACUUGGGGUGCAGUGGUUCAUAGGAGCCCAAAUGUGAGCAACUGAUAUUAGACUAUGUUUACUAUACGUUGGAAAAAUAGAAGGGAUUGUUGUAAGAGCUGUGUGUUUCCAGAGUAAAAAGAUUGAGCUGCACAUGCAGGAUUAAAAAAACAAAACAAACAAAAGAAAACACUGGUCCUUUCAUUCCUGCCUCCCAGUAUUAUAUUUAUACACAUUCACGUCUUCUCGCUUGUGUACUACUAUAUAUUUAGGAUGUUUGUUUGUUUUUGUUUUUGUUUUUUAGUUGAAAGAAUAAAAUGUGCCAAAAUGUGAGUCACGCGUGCCACACCAACACCCAUGCAUGAACAGCACCACCCGGAGGCAAGAGGAGAGAAGUGUCUCCCGAAAACCGACAACAAACAACCUGGUGCUGUGUGUUUUUUUAUGAUGAUGAUAUUAUUAGUUAUUUCACUGUUGGAUGGUUUUGUUGUGUUGAAGGCACUGUGACUGCUCAGUGGCUCUGUGUGUUUGUAGACUCUUGUCGUGCUGGACAGUGAACCUGUUGAAUCUGUAAGUGGCUGCUUGUUUCUUACCACAAAGCAAACAAUAAAGUGGAAAAAUAAGAAAAGCUC